UCUAUCUUUUAAAAAACAUGAAAACAAAUAUAGUUUAAAAUAUUAAUUUAUUCAAGAAAAGUUAAAGUCCAAAAAUAUCAUUUCAAUCGGCUACUUACAGUUUUUGGUUUGUCCCGAGUUCACGCAACGAGGUUCUGAGGAUUUCAGACAAAAUUGCCGCUUUUAUACCCAAUUUUUUUAUGUGGGCCCCGCCAAAAUAAGGGGUCUUAUCCAAUGAAAUCCCCUAAAAACCCAUUAACAAAAAUUGGCAGGAAAGAAGUGUGAAAAAUUAUAUGAAGAUUAAUUAUCAACAUGCCAGAUUUCUGCCCACAUUAUUUUCUAAAAAGUUGAAAAGUUCCCAUUUAUUUCAGUUUUUGUUGAAACUUUUGAGACAGGUAUGAUUAAUAACUGAAUCCCAGAACCUCGGUUCAGACAAUUCUCAUGAACUUUUUACCUUACUCAUUUAAACCAUUAAGUCAUUAUCUCUUCAAAAUACAUGUUUUAUAAUAUUUUAAACAAUAAAAGUUAGCAAAUUCCUUAUACAAUUACAUUACAAUGUUUUUCAUAUAUCAAAAUGUAUAUUUCACCUACAAAAUACUGGUAUUGUUUUACAAAAAUGACAUCAUAUACCAAUAUGUUUAUGAAUCUAUGGAAGCUAGACAAAACAUCAUUAAUUGAAUAUGAUAGCUUCUUGGCUCCAUUCAAAGUUAUACUGUCACUCAAUAGACUAGACUUCCCCCUUUCUUGGAACCACUUCUUGCCACUGUGCCAUUGGCUAUGUGAUUUACCUGUCAAAUCUACCACCAGUCCUUACUAUAAAACAUGUUCAAUUGAAUGCAAGAUAUCUUUAUCUAAGUUUAACUUUGGCACUCUGCAACAUUCAUAGAAGUUUAAGAUUGUGUCAUUGAGUUCAAGGUAAUAUUGAUAAAUUACUAAAUUAAUAACAUUUUCCAUCUUAGAAGCCUCAGUUAAUUUUACAAAAAUUAAAUGGAAGUGAACAAUUUCUUCUUGUUUUACAUUAUGAUGUCUUAUUCGA